CAUAGAGUAGGAGGGAAUAUGAAUAAGUUAGCUUUUGUAUGUUUACUGUCGCUCGGACCAUUACUGAGUUAUUCGGUGGAACCUUCUCGUUUAUCUGUCUUCUGGAUUGUUAUGGGUACUUGAUACUUUAGUCAAAAAUGGUUGUAGUUUUGUCCACUCAGCCUCCUCACAAAAAUGAAUCUUUGAUGAAUAAAACAAUAUGGGAAUCUAAGAUUUCUGAAGCACUUAAAAGUACCAAAAUUUCGUAUUCGGAAUCCUUCAGUCUGGUUGAAACUGAAAACAGCUCUGUCGUGGUUGAUUACAUAGAGAGAGAUGAACCUCGAUCAAAUUUGAAGAUAUUUUUCUACGUACAGCGAAAUAAUCUCUUCCAACCUUCUCCUUCUAUUGUUUACCAGCUCAAUCAGAUGCCGGUGGACUGGUUAGCAGUUUAUUUGGGAAUGCCAGUCAUAGAAAAACCUAAAGUUUACGAUAUAGGCGCUUAUGAAAAAGAAGAUGAUUUUAUAUGGAUCAUUGGAAUAGUUGCUAUUUGUUUUCUUGGAAUAUUGUUGAUUUGUUGGUGCUUUAUAUUUCUAUACACAUUUAUCCUACAAGCCACUGCUAUGGUUAACUGGUUACCGAGACCAAUGAUUAGCAAUUCUAAACAAAUAUCUUACAAAACAGAGAAAUCACAAAGAGAAUUUGAAGAAAAGAAAGAUUCACAAGUACAAACCGAUGAUCUAGAAUUUCCACAGUCAAAAAUAAACAAAACUGAAAAAUCACAUCAAGAUAAAUCAAUAUGUGAUAGGACAGUGUUGGAUUCCAAUUUCUCGGAAGCUCGACUUUCAACUGUUUCAGAAAUAAGUUUAGAAGAAUCAGUUAACCCCACUGUAAGUGAAAUAAAUGAAUCUGUUGUACCUUUGUCUGAAACACAAAUCUUAUUAUCGGAUGAAGAAGAUAGUAUUAUAAAUCAACAAUUAAAUGAAAUCAAAGUUAAUACGAAGAAUUCAAAGAAUGAAGUGAUUGAAGAAAAUGAAGGUGAUCUGCUACAGGCAUCUGAAAUUGACAAAACGCUUACUUUUGGAUCGUUCGAUAAUGUAGUACCAUUUGUAAUGUCUGUUCCACCACGUCCAGAAGCGAUAAAAUUAGCAAAUUUAUUAAACUCUCAAAAAUAUUGAACAAAAACACCAGUGGGGACAAUCGAAUGUAUAGGGAAUCAGAAUUACAGAGCAUGUCAAUAAAAUCUGAGAAUCAUAAAGUAAAUGCUUAAUUUGCAAAAUGUCCAUCAAUUGUCUUUAAAUAACUCAGACUUCAAUGCUUUUGCAUUUUUAUACAAAUUGCAUUCUGUUUCCAUUCUUUACUGUUCGAUCCUCUUGUCUCCCUACUGCCACACAUUCUGUUCACGACUAACAUCAUAUACUACUGAUGUCUACAUAAGUAGCACAUACCAUACUAUCUCUAUUGUUCUUUCCAAUGGUAAUAAUUAAAACAUGGAACAUAUUUAUUAAUGUAGAUAUGAAUUUAUUCUAUUUACAAAAUUUCAAUCCAAUGCAAAACAUUUUAUUGAAAUUCAUUUAAACAAUAUUAUUAUGAUUAUCAUUAUUUUCUUUCAUCUUAAUUUAUUUAACAGAUAACAGAAACAUAAGUGGAUCAAUGUUAUCUUUAUAUUAGUUAACCAGUCAUUGAAAUGGAUAUAACUGUUGUUAUGAUACCAAUAUAUAAGAUCUUAUUUAUGAUUUAAAAAACAAACAAACAUAUUCGUGUUAUUUCUCCAUUUUUUGUUAUAGAAAAACAAAUUGUGUUUUUAUUAAUAAAACAUUAAAAGUUUAA